CCGCUGCCGGAGGUGGUGUAGCUGGUGUUGUGAACGGGGAGAGAGAGAGAGAGAGAGAGAGAGAGAGAGAGAGAGAGAGAGAGAGAGAGAGAGAGAGAGAGAGAGAGAGAGAGGUGGACCAGGUCUGUGUUUUUGGGAAGCUGCCUGACUACCUGAGGCGGGAAGACAGCUAUGGCGACGUCAGCAGGUGCUGCCAACGCAGCAAGUCCGGAUACCGAUCUGUACGGACUUCUACACGUGUCCCGCGAUGCGACGGACGAGGAAAUCCGGAAGGCUUACCGAAGCAUUGCUCAGAUAUAUCAUCCGGACAAGUACCAGAGCCCUCAGAUGCAAGAUGUGGCCAAGGAGCAGUUCAAUAGAGUGCGAGAUGCGUACGAGAUUCUCAGCGAUGAAGGAAGGCGACAGGUUUAUGAUAUCUAUGGGCUGGAGGGGCUGAAGUCGGGACUGGAGAUCGGGGAGCGCUUGAAGACCAAGGAAGAAAUAAGGGAGGAGUUCGAGAGGGCCCAAAUCCGGCAGUCGGAGCGCAGGCUGCGGUCGCGACUGCACCAGACGGGGACCAUGGCAAUGACGAUUGGCCUGAACGAACUGUGGGAGAGUAGAGAAUCACAAAGGGGCUUUGGGGUGCAGGCCGCAGGACAGAGGGAUGGGCUUGGGCUUAAGCAACCCAAGGCAUGGGUACCAAUUACGGACAUGGCACUCCAAUCGACUGUACAGGCACCGCUUUCUGACAAGAAUGUCUUAGUGCUUGGAGGCAACCUUGCGACAAGGAAAGGGCUUGGUGGCGGCAAUGCAGUGCUUGUGUUCAAGCGUCAGUGCUCGUCCUAUUCGUCCUGGGAAGUCGUCACAACUGCUGGCCUAAGGUCAUCGAUUGGUCUGCAAGUCAACAGGCAUGAGCGCAGCGCGUUGAAUGGGGACAUUAGGUUAGGGACUUCAUCUUUUGGGCUCUCGGCAUCGUACUCAAGGCAUUUCUCUGCAGUUUCUCAGGGUCGCGUAUCUGGUAAACUUGGCAGCUCAGGUGUUGAAGUGGAGAUUGGUGGGACCAGGAGGAUCUCAGACAACAGUACCGCGGGGAUGUCUUGUGCAAUUGGCCUACAGGGGAUCCUCUGGAAACUUCGAUAUACACGUGGCGGACAGAGAUUUGUACUCCCGAUGCUGCUGUCGUCAACAUUGAACCCAUACUUUGCGCUUGGGGCUGUGGUUAUUCCAUGUUCGCUAUACAUUGUGCUCAAGACGUAUCUUCUGAAACCAUAUGCAGCUAAACGAAAACAGCGCAGGCUCGUUACAUCAAGAAAGGAGAAUGCUGCAAAGGUGAGGGAGGUCCGUAAGUCGGCAAGAGGGGCUCAGACAUUGAUGGAGAAUGUGGCGAAGAGGAAGAGAUCGAAGGAGGAGGAUCGGCAGGGACUGGUUAUCUUGGAGGCCAUAUACGGUAACCUCAAGGAAUGGAAGAAGGAUCCCGACCGCGAAGUCGACGAGGAUGACGAAGAAACCAUCCCGCCACCAUGGCUCGAUGUGACCAUGCCAGCUCAGUUUCUUGUUGACAACAACGGAGAACUGCAGUUCGACGAGGGACUAUUUGGGCUUGUGCCGUAGACUUGGUGUUGACGACAUUCCCAUCUUCCCCCUCCUCUUCGUCUAUCCCCUUCCUCCUCGUCUGUGCAUGUUCUGGGCUGGCGCUGUCUUCCUGUGUGAAGCGCCAGACCCAUUCACACUAUGAAACGAUGAUGAUGAUGUAUGUUCAGGGCUGCAUUACAACAUUGAUUGUUCGGAUCACUGGUAUCUAAGUCUUCCGCUGUGCUAUCUUAUACCUUGUAUUGAAAGGUCGGUUCUUGUUCUGGUCUGCACCUAUACGGUAUGCAACACUGGGACCAUGUACAGGGAAGGAUGCGCUAAAGAUAGCAAAGAGGGUAGCACGCACUAAAGAUAGUAAAGAAUUACGAAAUGG